AUGCCGGAUGGUACUGAUAUUGACUUAUAUCUUCUAAUCGACGGUCGGGAACGACUUCUGACUUCUACUACCAUCAUCGAUACUCCGGAAGCACUUACUUCUACGGGUGAGGCGCGAAACUUUUGGACGUCCGUCUGCACCCUCCCCCCACCAAUGAUCGUCGUGUCCAUUCAUGAUAUACAGUAUUCCCAAGUUUGGGUCUCGGACGUCUAUGCCUUUGGCGAACAUCAAAAAUUCCUCGGCAAGGUUAUCAUGAAGAUCAUCCAGCCCUCUCUCAUAUGUCUUCCCCAUCCUAACUGGUAUUUGGAGGCGCAAGACUACGAGCUCAAGCCGUUGGAAGGAAGUACGGUGCCAUGUUAUUUUGGCAAGCAAAAGGUCACGAUGCCGGCGGAAGAAGAUGCGGACGUUCUGUUUAUGGAAUACGUCGAAGGCAAUACGCUCGAGCAGUGGAAGGAGGACCGGCCAGCGCAUGAGAAACGCGAAGACUUGGGGAACGCUAACGAAGCAUAUAUGGAAGAGACGAAGGAGAUGAUGAGCAUUAUACUCAAGAAGGUCCUACUCGGCGUUGAUGCCUUCAACAAGCUUGGCAUCGGACACAGAGAUAUACGCUCAUCGAACAUCAUCAUUACUCCCUCCGGAGAGCCCGUGUGA